AUGUUCGCGGGCAGGUCGAUCUCAUUGUGGAUGGUGCUGGUCAACGCUUCGCUUAGCGUUGCCCUAGCACAAUUACCAACAUCAGUAGAGGUUGACAUUGUGUUUCCUCGCCCUAAUGGACGCUAUGCAAGGACAGACCAUUUCCCCGUCGUCCUCGCGAUCCAGAACACGGUUGCUGCAUUUGAAUUUGGGUACGGGUUCUCAUGGCUAAUAUCCCCUGCCGAUCCGUAUGCUUUCGGCAUUGAAGGACAAGGAGAUAUCUUCGUUGUGGAAGAAACCACUCCGCCAUUACAAGACCCCUAUAUUCAAACAAAUUACACAGCAGGGUUGGACGUUGGACAAUGGAGUCUGAGUUGGUCCUUGACUAAUGCCAGAACUUGUGUGGAAGCCGGCAUGUUUGUGGAUGAAACCUUCUUCACGACGAUCAGCAACGGAACCUUCAUGUUUACUAUCGCGGAUGGUGCCCCAAGCCCCAAGUUUGCGGGUUCAUGUCCAGAUCCCCUGGGCGUCGUCAGUUACAGCACCGUUGAGACUUACUCCGUCGUCGGCGGGUCCAACAUUUGCCCAGUCACUGCAUCUGCUACCCCGGCACCAAGCCCUUGUAGGGUUACGAUCGAUGACGCACAAGAAAGCAGUAUAUACAAAGCCCUGGAUCUUUCAGUUAUCGCCGCUCCUGCCUCGACAUCCUCGAGUUCGAGUACAACCCAAAUUGCGACAUCCUCCGAGGCAACUACGUCGCAGCCAAGCAGCAUAAUUGCUACUUCAACCAGCUCUGCACUGCAAGAAACAGCCGCAGCUUCGAGCACCUCCAAACCAAAUGUUGGCACCACCAAGUCAUCUUCAAUGGGAUUGCUCAUGGCAAUAGGCUUUGGUGUGAUGAUGGAUUUGGUAGUACUAUGA